AAGAAGAAUUUGUAAAGACACUCAUAUUUUUUUUUUUUUUGUUUCCAUAGUGCCAAAAUGUGGACGUGAUUAUCGCGGAAAAACAACGCAACCUAUACCAACAUCAUCAGUUGCAGCAAUUCCUUGGCAUCAUGGGUUCACCAUGCAACAACAACACGAACGAUACCAACGAAAUUAUAACCCCUCUAACACCUACGUCAUUACCGUUACCUGUGCCAGCUGUGGAUCGAUUGGCUGAGGAGACGCCAGAUCUUGAAUUGAAACGAGAAGACCAAAUCCGCGAAUUCAUUCUUACCGAAAAAAACUAUGUGGAGACAUUGCGAGUGAUUAUGGACGUUAUUUACAAGCCAUUAAAAGCCGAAACCCAGUCAAGGCAGCCCAUCUUGAGCGCCUACAAGUUUUCCAAAAUCUUUAUCAAUAUUGAUCACGUCCUAGACGUCAGCACGGAAUUCUUGAAGGAAUUGCAAUCCUAUAUCAAUGGUACUUCGAAUGCAAGUUUUGGUGACAUUUGUGCACGUCAUAUGGCGAAUUUUGAUUGUUACAGAAAGUACGGAUUGGAACGCCGUGAAGCACAACUAUUUCACGGAAAGGAAUUCAAAUCCAAUCAAGCGUACCGGAGCUUCCUUGUCAAUGCCAAAGGUCAUCCCCGAUGUCGCAUGCGGCAACUUUCCGAUUUACUGGCCGAACCUGCCCAGCGAUUGGCACGUUAUGCUAUGAUGCUCAAAAAUAUUUUGGAAUGCACAUUACCGAGCCACAGAGAUUAUAACGGAUUGACAAACGCCUACGCAAAAGCGAGUGAAGUGGCCAUGCUGGCGGAUGAUGACCCUACGAAACUGGCAACGAUGCUGAUGAGCUUGUAUCAUUCCAUCAAAGAUUCACCGUGUUCUCUAAUCAAUCAAUCGCGAUCCUUUGUCGCACAUCUGGAUGCCACAGAAAUUCACCGUGUUUCCAAUAAACCGGUUCGAGCUGUCACCUUAUUCCUGUUCAACGAUAAACUGAUGGUGGCCAACCGCCCUUCCUAUAACGUGAAAGGAAUUGACUUGUGUGACAUUGGGAUUCAUGAUCAUGAUCCAUUGGCCCCCUCGGGAUCGGUGUCCAAGAAACGAGGAAAAGAUCAGAGCUUGAAAUUCAGGGGUUGGGUUGAUCUGGAGCAAGUUGAAAUCUUCCAAGGCGCAGCAGAUCGACCAGGUUCCUUCUUGCUUCGUACCUCGACUGCACAACAACAAGAUUCCGACGCUUUUGCUGUCACCUCCUUUGAAAAGCAUUUCCAAAAAGGGCCACGGUUGUAUUCUGUUGUACCACCCAAAGAAUACGCCAAUCUACCUUCAGCCGCGUACGAGCGGCAGGCUGCCGAAUUCAUCGCCACCUGCCAAAAAACACAGGCUCUCAGUAAACAAUACAGUGGAAAAGAUCAAGUGUAUCAUCGCGAAUGGGAUGAACUUCCGGUGUACAGUAAUUUGUAUACGCCAACAACGUACCGACAAGCCAAAUACCGAAAUAAUGUUGUUAUCAUGUAUCUCGAAGACAGCACGGAUGUGAACUUGGAAGUUCUCAAGAGCCGGGGCGCUUCUCCGUGGAUUGUAUGCCUUGUACAAGCCAACCCCCGCGGAUUCCGUCUCCAUAUUGCCAGCAAAACAUCCCUGAUGCCUAUUAGGGAUCCGGUACGGGCCAUGUCACCUAUGCCUGAUUCUGAGGAACAAGCUCCGGAUCAGGACGGCAACAAGACGAUUGACUUUGAAUGCGUUAUGUGGAACAAUGUAAUCUUGUGCGAGCGCCGUCUUCGUGCUUCGCAAACAUUUUCACUCACGCAUGACAGCAUCACAGAGCGAGAGCUUCAGCGCCGGUCGCGUUCCCGUUCUCGUUCGCGUUCAGCCAGUAGCUUAAAGAUUAGCAAGUUCUUUAGCGGCACAAUGCGUUCACGCUCAUCAUCACCUUCGCGUAACCCGACGGCUUCCUUGUCGUCGUCAACACGUGCCCCCGAUAUCGAUUCCAUUGGUGAUUCCUUCUCAAGCACAAGAAGUACAGGGUUGUUGAGCGGUAGCGAUUCCUACAGCCGGUCAAGAGCCAAUAGUAUGACCAGUGAAUGCUCGUCUACUUUGACACCUACAGAUGCUUCGCUUGAUGUACCUCAUGCUUCGAUAACUCAGCGUCGCUCUAUCUCUCACCUCAUCAACCGGCGACAUAUGAGCAUUGAUUCUGCUUUAUCUCAAGAAAGCGACUCCAUGGUUCACCGAUACCCGUCCAAUGGUUUUCCCUUUAACAUGCCAGUGACGUCUGCAUCCACAGAUAUGAUGCAUCGACAAGACCUAAAGAGCUACCGCCGUGACAGUUAUUCAAUCGAUAGAACAUCAAUGGAACUAUAUCAAAGCAGUCUGAUCGGCCAAGUGAAACGUAGUUUCAGUGGAAGUACGAACAGUAUGUCCCUGGACCAGCAUGACCAAGAAGACCACAAAGAAUCUACAUCUUACGCCAAGGCCCAGGCUAUUUACGCAGCGUUAGCUUCGGAACGUGAGCGUCGAAAAGAUGCAUCUCCCGUGUCUUCGGACGGAUCCUCCAGGCCGUGCAGUAGAAGCAGUACUAUUUCGUCAUCCACAAACAGCUAUGGGGUCGGCUAUGGUCACUCAUUCAACUCGCGUUCCGGAUACACAAACACAAUGUCCUCUUUGGCUAGUCACAGUACACGCAGUUCUAUCAGCCUUGAAGAUAUUGAUUUCUACAAGUCACAACAAGCAGCAUCUGCGCGCACUCACAAUUUUGGCAGCACCGCUGGAGCAUCCGAUUUGAACGAGGACGAUGAUAUUGUCCGUCGUGUCAAUGAAUUGCUUGCGUCUCAAAGAAGACUGAAUCACCAACAAGCCCCUCAAUCAUCGAUUCGCUCCAGACGAGACUCUUCCUCCAUGGUUUCUGAUGCCUCAAGAAUGCCUACUACGACAAUUGACGACACCAAAGCAUUAGAUCAGGUCGCCACUGCCGUUGAAACUUUUGGGGACCACAUGGGCAACCGAUGGCAAACCAUGUUGGACAGAUACAAAGUCCUCGGUAACAAAAUUACCCAGAUCGCUGAACAGCCAAAAUCCAACGACCUAGACAGUUUGAACGAUCUUUAUAACCAUACGUACAAUGACAUGUGCGAUAUUUUCCAAAGUUUCAAUACGGAAAUGGAGCAGCUAUCGCAAUUACUCCACAGUUACCGUAGAGAAGGACAAUUGCCACGAUCGCAUGAUCUGCACUACACCGAAACCUUGCUGGAACGCAAACUGACAGAAGCGCAACUUGCCCGUGAACAUUGGAGAAAGACCACAAGGUAACAUUCAAGACACAGGUUUACAACGUUGUUUAGCGACUAACACUUGAAACCGUUUUAGUCAAACCAGUAGCCCGGUCGCCGAUUGUGGUACAUCCUAAAUUAUUAUUUCACCCAUCUAUUUUCUUUAUUCGCAAUGGACAUACUGUCCUUUUUUUCGUUUCCUCCAUUUCCUUUUCGGCUUUUUCUUUUUCUUUUCUAUACCUGUGCCUUGUUACAUACCACUAUGCCCGCUUUUUAAGUUUCUUUUUUAUGAUAGUACAGUAUUAUGCCCUUUCCUUUUUGCCUUGUUACAUUCAUAUCAUCACAAAUGGUAUCUUUACGAUAUCAUCUGUAUUAUACCCGUUGCAUUCUCCGCAUCCACUUGUUGUAUGAUGAUUCAUU